AGUGGCAAAAACGUUAUAUUGUUAGCUAUAGCAUAGCUAGCUGAAUGACUCUGGGGAGAUUCCCAUGGAAAUUGCAACGUCAGUCCGGUUCCAGGCCCAGGGCCCGAAAGAAAAAGCUUCUGUUUCCGCUUUCUGUACCGAGAAGGAUAGUGGGAGUACCAUUACAAUCUUGGCAUGCCACAAUCUUUUAAAUUUAUAGACUAGUAUAGGCAAGAGACAUCACCCUUGACUUGUGAUCUGCGGAGGGUGGGUUGUUGCACCUCUUCCUGGCCCUCUGUGGCUGACCUUUCUUUCUGUAGGAGAUGUGGUACAGAAUCUGGCUCUAUGUCUACUUCACCUGGUUCCGCCCAAUGUUGAAGUGGGUGCUAAGACGAGCUACUGGCAAGUGUGAGUUGCUUCGGAUCUGUUGCAACAGUUAUACCAAGACCGGUCACAAGACCAAAGAUAUCGAAAAUGCCUUGAAAACCUCCAAACUGAGAACAUUUCAGAGGAUGGUGAUUGAUGAUGACCUCAACAUCUCAGAGGCUGUCAAGUAUGCCAUGACGGUUAAGAACAUCAAUCCUAAGAUAUACCCUGAAUUUCAAUAUACACUGAAGGCAUCAUUAAAGCAGAUUAGUGGCUACAAUGCUCUGGUGAGAGAUAUAGAGGCUUUGAAGAAAGAGAAAUAUUCUACGGCUAAUCCAAGCCAUGAGAGAUCAUUACAAAAGUUAUGGGAUCUGAUGAUGCCUAAUACCAAACUAGAGAAACGCAUCACAAGGCAAUGGACUGAACUUGGUUUCCAAGGUGAUGAUCCAGCGACGGACUUCAGAGGCAUGGGAAUGCUUGGACUUAAUAACUUAAUAUUUUUUGCUGAGAAUUACAAUGGAGUGGCAAGGCAAACUCUGAUUCACUCUCAACAUCCUAAAUUAUGGUACUCCUAUGCUGUAGUUGGUAUCAACUUGACCAACCUAGCAUAUGAUCUACUAAAAGAUGGACAGCUCAGGGAAUAUUUCUACUACACUGUAACGGGAGAACCAGCCAUAUAUCAUUUCCAUAGAAUAUAUAGUCAAGUGUUUGCUGAAUUUGAUAGCUUCUGGUUUGCCGAGAAGCCCAAGAAUGUGAUGGAGUUCGGUAGCGUGCGUGACAAGUUUGAGAAGAAGGUCGUCGGCCUGCUGAUGAAGAGCGAUAAUGCCGUUCUUCAUAACAAUUACACUGGGAUGUCAUGAUGCUGGUGAUACAGUGUGUGUACUGAAGUCAUGCAAAGUAAGCUGAGAGCAGCGAUACCCGUUAAGGGACUAUACUAGAGCUUUACACUCAACUUGAUCUACAAGUAAAUGUAUUUGAUAUUUUUCUCAGAUAGUUUAAUACUGCAUGGGCUAAACCCAUUUGGUUCAUCAGUUUGGUGUAAUUGCCAUUUAGUCUAAACUACACUUGUUCUGAAACCUUUAUUAUCACCUGGGACCCAUUCCAUAAAACUUGUUAUGAUAACAAAGUUCCAAUAAAAGUUAAAAGCUACUGAAAUCCUUCAAUCUGAUUGGCUGAUAGUAAAUUUGUCAUAGAAAUUGUGCAUUUGUUAUGAAACACCUGGUCCUGUUCUCAAUUUGUCUAAUACGCAGUUGGUCUGAUUUCUUGUUUGUCUCCUCUUUGUCAGAUAGAAUUUUGGUUCAUAAACACUCCUAUCCAUAAAGACUGAGUGGUAUUAGACCAAGUAGAUAUUAGAUGAAAUGUGUAUAUCCUAACUGGAAUUUGGACAAAAUGGUGAAUGAGCUAAACAGUUAUAAGUCUAGAUAGGAGAUGGACUAGUAUAGACCAACUAGGAUUAGACCAAGUGGAAUGAGACCAAACGGAAUGUAGACGAAGUGGUUUAAGACCCAUCAGCAAUCUACCAUGUGACCAUGUACGUAAUGAGUUAUGACUUUAUAUAAUGCCAUACUGAAAAUGAAACAUACCUCUUCAUGAUGCUCUAAAUUCUUUGAGUUGGGGCUGAGCGUUGACACUAGCGGGCCUAGUUUCAUAAAACUAUUAUCCAGGAGGCCAUUGCUUAAAGACUUGUGAUUGAACACUACACAAAAAUCAAACACAAUAUGAUUUUGAAUUGAUGAAAUGCUUAUAUUGGAGACCUACACUUGAUUUUUGUAUUCAAGCACAAUUCUCUCAGCUAUAGCCCCUUGCUGUUGUAGUGAUUUACUGAAAUCAUGGCACUUUGGUUGACUGAGGAAAAUUUUUUCAUACAAAUAUAAUAUUUUCUUAUUGAUGACAAGUUUUAUGACACCGGGCCUUGGUGGAAUGACAAUAGAUAUUGUAACUUCACUCAUUCCUGCCAACUCUUCACUGCAGGAACAUGUACAAAUUAACUCUAUGCCUACUGAAACUAAGUGAUUCCUGUAUAAAGUUUAUGUGAAUUAACAAUACUGUAAUCAAGUUAAUGUAAUAUGGAGCAUCAUUGAUCACUUUAGAUGUUUGUGUAUGUGGUUCAUAAAAAGAAUCUACACUGUAUGACUUGUAGAAAAGAUAAGAUAUUUUUGUUUUCUCAAUGUUUUUUUUAAUGUUGGACCCAAUUUUCUACGAACAGUCUUGUGGUUGCAUUCAUUUAUCAUUUUAAUUGCAUAUCAUGGAGUGGUAUUAAUGUU